GGCAGGUGCAUCGUGGCUUGUCAGUGCUCUGAUCGUGCCGUGGCCCACUCCCUCGAGGCUUGUGGACGGGUUUUCUUGGUUGACUUUGCAUUUGACGUUUAGCACUUGCAAGUCUUGGCACCAGUCCAUCCGGCGGAAGGCACGACUGAGCAGGCGCAGGGCACCUUCCUCGUUCCCCUACUACAUCUCGCCCAGCAGCACACGACACCCUCACAUACCCCCCACCGAGCAGCGGCUCAACAUCUUCCAGUCCUGGCUCGUCCUGUGCAGCAGUCGAGUCGCGCCAGGGAGAGGUUUGCCCGCUUGCACCCGCACCGCCGUCUAUGGUAGCGAAGUCGAAGAGGAACGCGGCGCACGACAAGCGACACGAGAAUGGCCUUGCGGCCCCCGGCAGGAAGAUCACCAAGCAGAAGAGCAAUCCGCAGCUCAAUGGCCACGCCAACGGCAAGACUCACGAGCCCACGCCGCCGGUCCCCAGCCAUGUAGACACGCCCGAGAUGACGCAGCCGGCCAGCGCUCACGAUCCAGUACCGGGGUCGAGUGCCCACGUCAACACCACCAUGGCCGCUGCACCUUCUGCCCGCCGCGGGGAGCGCACGCGCGCAGCUUCAGAUGCCUCGCUAGACAAUCCCGUCGAGGCCUGUCGCUCGUACGACAAUGGCUCCAACGGGCCCUUUGAUCCCAUGCCCUCAGCUCUUCGCCGCGCCGACACAAACACCUCCAAGACGGCCUCCAUGUCCAUGGCUAGCAUGCUCUCGGUGCCCGCCACCAUUCUCACGUCCUGUCCUCUGCGGGACGUUCUCGCCAUCCUCAUCAUCCUCCUCCAACUUCCCCCCACCGUCCUCACCGUCGUACAGUUCUUGUUCGCAACGCUUACUUUUGUCCCGCCCCAGGCCGGGACCCCCCUCUCCGCCCUCUCUGCCUUCCCCUCCUUCACCGACAUCUUUCAGGGCUCCGGCGGCACGCCCUCGCUCUUCACCACAAUCAUUGCCGAUACUGUCAUAUUGCUGAUAUGGCUGCUGCUGUGGGUGCCUGCGCAGAAUUUCUUCCUGGAUCUUGCACAGGCCGUCAUUGCAAUAGCUCUCGGAGGUGCCGCUGCCGGGAAGAAGGGCACGACGAAUAGCAUUGUCAUAUGCUUCGUCAUUAUUCUUUCAAGCCACGUCUUCAGAUUCAGGCCUCUCCGGCAACACAUCGUCCACUUCCUUUGGACGGGGCUCGCCCGGGGAGGCCUUGAAUUCUUGACGAGCCCGCCGAGUACGCCAACAUAUUUGGAAAGCUUCUCGACCCCCCACGGAUGGCCCCGCAGCCUCCUGGGUAUUCAUAUUUUGGCCCAAGGCGUCGUUCGUAUCAUCCGACGCUCUCUUUCUCGAAGAGAACAUGCAACCUUGCCCACUGGUAAGAAGACAGAUCCUGAGUCUGGGACAUUACAACGUUCCAAUUCGACCAACCUCGACCCCACCGCCGACGUGCCCAAUUCUUCGAGUACCGAUGGCCGCCCACCGGGACCAUCACCCGCAGUUCUCAAGGAUAAAGCGAGCACGGGUAGAAGGAAGAGGAAGCAAGCUACUCAUGUUCGCAGUCAGCAGCCGUUCUGGGCUGCACUUGCCAGUACAAAAGUUACAGUUUUAAAAGAGAUGGAAAGUAGCCGGGCGGCCAACGAUGCCGACGAGGCUAAUGCAAAAGACGCAAAUCACAUUGGAAACGCUGUUUGGAGAUCGGAGGACGAUCGUGUUUGGAUUUCAGAAGUCGGCUUUUCCGACAUUUCAUUUCGUGUUAGUUUAUCUGGUGGAGCUGGCCUUCAAGAGCAGGAUGAGGAAGACUCUAGUGUCGGAUCUGGGAUAGACAAGUCAAAGCCAUUCUACAUCCGUGUCAACGGUGCUGAUUGGAGUUCAACCCGCAUCCGACAAAGCGAGCCGAUAGGUUUCCAGGGACAAGAGGGAACGGGCUACUGGGUUGGAGAGAUAUUUGGUCUAACGGCUCUCUCAAACUACUACUGCGAGUUUGUUCGGACCAACGACAACGAAGUAUUCUACUCAGCGAGCCUUAUUACCUCGGCCAGUCCAGUGACCGAACUUGCCUCAGCUUCUAUCGCCUCUCCGCCAGCGCAUCAGACCCUACGACCUUCUUCGCCGACGACAACCUUGAAGAAUUCGAUUGCCGCGGCCGACCAGCAACUGCAGGAGCAGCGCAACCGCCUGAAGCGAAACAAAAAGGACCACAAAACAGCCAUUACCAACAUCAAGAAAGAGGUGGACACGCUGGGCAACCGCCUUGCCAACGCCGGAGGUAGUGACGAGCGCCAACGCCAGCGCGUCCUUCAAUUCACGCAGAACAUCCGCCAGGCUGAAGACGCGGCCGCCGAGUUCGCUGUUCAAGCAGAAAACCUGGGAAGCAUUCCCGAGGAUGAGGCUAAAGAGGCGGCAGCCAAGAAGGCAGAGUGGAAGAAGGAGCGUAACAACAAAAACACCGUUGCUAGCGAAUUCGACAAGACCAAGGAGGAGAUUGAGCGACAAGUGCAAAGUGUGGAGUCCGAUAUCUCUACUGCCUUCCAGAAGCGGGAGCGUCUUCAGCAGCGUCAAACCAGGCUCAACGAGCAGCACGACCGUCUCGUAACCGCCAACGCAGAGGGCUUUACUGCGAAGCAACGAAGAGAACAGGAGCGCACGGCAUUGCGAGCACAGCGCGCUGAAGUUGAGCACCAGUAUCGGAGUAACAUUAACGGCUACGAAAGACGCACUGAAGAGCAGAAUGUCGCCACCAGUCAAAUUUUGGUGACCGUCCAGCAGUACGAAGAGCUUCUCCUUCAGCAAGCGCACCAGCAUAUGUCCGUUCCUACCACUCCUGAAGGCAAUCUCCCAGGCACGACCAUGUCUCCCUAUAGCAACGGUCUCUCCAACUUCACAUUCCCCUCCAUGCACUCGCACAUGAACGGCACUCCUGGUUCUAUGCGUGGCGGUCGCGGUCGAUCUUCAUCAAUGCUCUCCAACGUCUCUGGAUUCACCGAUGCUUUCGACGAGCCCACAGCUUCAGGUACAUAUAUUCUCGGCAAUCCCUUCAGUACUCCGGGUCCAGUCAACGGUCGCAACCGCAGUCACGGCAGCGGCAGUCUGAGCUCAGGCACUUCCAGCCAGAGUUCGAGCCAACGAGAUCCGUUAAGUCCUGUUCAAAGUAUCAAGCCGAUGAUGGUACGCAGCACCACGAGCGGUAGUGGCAAUGGUCUGAUGAGUCCGAUUGGCACGGGCAGAUGAAAACGUACACGAUUUGCUCUUUACGUAUCUUUAGGUAGCUUUCCAAUGUGAUACUCGCGUUCUUUUGGUGUUCUCAACUU